GAUGACAUUGUUAAAAAAGAUGAAGCUGCUGCUGUUUCUGGUUUCCCAGAUGGCCAUCUUUACUUUCUUCAUCUUCCUGUACCCCCACAACAUCAACCCCCCGCCCACUGAGGAGGCGCCCAAGCCCAUGCACGUGCUGGUUUUGUCUUCAUGGCGCUCGGGCUCUUCUUUUGUGGGGCAGCUGUUUGGGCAGCAUCCGGAUGUCUUCUACCUGAUGGAGCCCGCGUGGCAUGUGUGGAUGAACUUCGGGCAUAGCAGCGCCUCCACGCUGCACAUGGCGGUGCGGGAUCUGAUACGCGCAGUCUUCCUGUGUGACAUGAGUGUCUUUGACGCCUACAUGAGUCCUGGGCCCCGCCUGCAGUCCAGCCUCUUUCAGUGGGAAGCCAGCAGGGCCCUGUGCUCCCCACCCGCCUGCAAUGUCUUCCAGCGCGAUGAGAUCAUACCCCAGACUCACUGCAAGCUGGUGUGCAGCAAGCAGCCCUUCGAGGUGGUGGAGAAGGCCUGCCGCACCUACAGCCACGUGGUGCUCAAGGAGGUGCGCGUCUUCAACCUGCAGGUGCUCUACCCGCUGCUGAGAGACCCCUCUCUCAAUCUGCACAUCGUGCACCUGGUGCGCGACCCCCGGGCGGUGUUCAGGUCCCGGGAACGCACCACGCACGAACUCUCGAUCGACAGCAACAUUGUGAUGGGGCCGCAGGGGAAGAAAGUCAGCAAGGAGGACCAACCCUACAAAGUGAUGCAGGUCAUCUGCGAGAGCCAGCUGGAGAUCUACAAGGCCAUGCAGGCCCUGCCCAAAGCCCUGCGGCAGCGCUACCUCCUCAUGCGCUAUGAGGACCUGGUCCGGGAUCCCCUGCCUCAGACCGCGCGAAUGUAUGAGUUCGCAGGAUUGAAAUUUUUACCCCGGCUGCAGACCUGGGUGCACAACAUCACUCAAGGCAAGGGCAUGGGGAACCAUCCCUUUCACACAAACACCAGGAAUGCCCGCAAUGUCUCCCAGGCCUGGCGGUGGUCCUUGCCUCAUGAAAAUGUUUCUCGAAUUCAAGAACUCUGUGGCCAUACUAUGAAUUUGCUGGGCUACCACCUAGUCAAGUCUAAACAAGAACAGAAAAAUCUGUCACUGGAUCUUCUGUCAACUUGGACCCCCUCCAAGCAAGACUACCAGGAGGGCUGAGGACGCUCUCUCCCCAGCUGGCACCAGCCUCUGCCACAUAACUGAGGCUUCUGGGCCUUACGCCUUUGUUGUCGCACACGUGAGCAUGAGUUGUGUGCCCUAGCCAAGAAAU